CAGGUUACUUUCUCCCGCAGGGCCGAGCGCGGGAGAGAGGACCCGAGAGCUGAGCGGCUGGUUUGGCCCCGGUCGGCUGCCUCCCCACUGCCCCAGAGUCCCCACCCGGCACCGCACCGACCCCCUGCGCCAGCCUCCGUCCCAGCCAAGGGCCCCCAACACCAGCAUGGACUGCUGCACCGAGAGCGCCUGCUCCAAGCCAGACGACGACAUUCUAGACAUCCCGCUGGACGAUCCGGGUGCCAACGCGGCCGCUGCCAAAAUCCAGGCGAGUUUCCGGGGCCACAUGGCGCGGAAGAAGAUAAAGAGCGGAGAGCGCGGCCGGAAGGGCCCGGGCCCCGGGGGUCCUGGCGGAGCUGGGGGCUCCCGGGGAGGCGCGGGCGGCGGCCCCAGCGGAGACUAGGCCAGAACUGAGCAUUUUCGAAGUUCCCGAAGAGAGAUGGAUGCCACGUCCCCUUCGCAGUGACGAGACUUCCCUGCCGUGUUUGUGAUCCACUCCUUCCCACCAACCUGCCAGCUUCAGGAGCCCUCUCUGCGUCCUCAGAGACUCCCUCACCGAGGCAGACUCCGUCGAGGACUCACUAAGGCCAUGCCCUUUUAGUUAGUUCUCCAGUCUAGUAUGGUCCCCGUUCGCCCUUCCUUCCGACCCUAGCCCCAGUCUCCGCGCUCCCAAAUCUUCCUUCUUUCGCUUCUCGCCCACCCUCUCCCCGCACCCAGCAUGCUGCUCUGCCUCCGCAGCCUCGGUGCGCUUCCCUUCGCGCUCUGCGGAGGGCGCCCUAAGCGUUGCCCAAAAACACUCCAAAAAAAAAGUCCUUUCGAUCUCUGCGCAGCUAAAGGGGGUGCCGUGCCUCUCUGCGCUGUUCACGUCCCAGCUUAGUCCCAGAACUUUGGAUAGGGGAGGAGGGUUUUUAUGGUGUCGGACACCCCUUGCUGUGAUCGGAAGUCCCCAUUUCACACCCCAACCCCACACCUGCCUGUAAUCUGCCCUCCCGUCUCCCCAGCGCACCCCGAGAGCCGCCUCUCCAGCUCUCUGCUUGUUUCUGCAAAGGCCGAGUGCGGGGGAGGCUCGGUAGGAGGAGUCUUCCGCGGCCCCGCCCCUGCUCCUGCUGGCCCCGCCCCUACGGGCUCCUGGGGCUGUGGCCGGGAGGGUUUUUAUCUCCGUGUGUGCAUGUGACCGUGCUGGGUUGGAAUGUGAACAAUAAAGAGGAAUGUCCAA